AUGGCACCCGACCCACGUCUCAGUGAUAAGGAGCUUGCUGCCAUUAAUGCAGCUGCCGUGACCAGGGAAUACAAUGUCAAGCCACAUCUAGACUACAGAACCGUAUCUGCCGUCAAUGGACCUUUAGUUGUGCUGGACAACGUCAAGGUAGAUUGGAACCGUACCUUUCCGUCGUACAAUGAGAUCGUCGAGCUCACCCUUCCGGAUGGAUCGAAACGUGGCGGGCAAGUUCUCGAGGUUCAAGGGAAGAAAGCCAUCGUGCAGGUGUUCGAGGGCACGUCUGGUGUCGACGUUAAGUCGACACACAUCGAAUUUACUGGUAGCAGUAUGAAGUUGCCUGUGGCGGAGGACAUGUUGGGUCGUAUAUUCAACGGGUCCGGUAAUCCGAUCGACAAUGGUCCCAAAGUCUUCGCUGAAGAUUACCUUGAUAUUAAUGGCUCCCCUAUCAACCCAUACUCUCGUAUCUAUCCCGAGGAAAUGAUCCAGACAGGUAUCUCAACUAUCGAUGUGAUGAACUCCAUUGCUCGAGGGCAGAAGAUUCCCAUCUUCUCAGCCGCUGGUCUACCACACAACGAAAUCGCUGCACAAAUCUGUCGUCAAGCAGGUCUUGUCAAGCGACCUACCAAAGACGUGCAUGAUGGGCAUGAAGACAAUUUCAGUAUUGUCUUCGCCGCCAUGGGUGUGAACAUGGAGACUGCACGAUUCUUCAAACAAGACUUCGAGGAGAACGGUUCGCUUGACCGUGUCACACUCUUCCUCAAUCUCGCAAACGAUCCAACUAUCGAACGUAUCAUUACGCCACGUCUCGCUCUCACCACGGCUGAAUACUACGCAUAUCAACUCGAGAAGCAUGUCCUUGUUAUCCUAACUGACAUGUCGUCGUACGCCGAUGCACUUCGUGAAGUCUCUGCCGCGCGUGAGGAAGUGCCCGGCCGUCGUGGUUAUCCCGGUUACAUGUACACUGACCUGUCGACUAUUUACGAACGUGCUGGGCGUGUGGAAGGACGUAACGGCUCAAUUACCCAGAUUCCCAUCCUUACCAUGCCUAACGACGAUAUCACUCACCCGAUUCCUGACUUGACUGGCUACAUUACGGAGGGGCAAAUUUUCGUCGACCGACAGCUGCACAACAGACAAGUAUAUCCGCCAAUUAACGUGCUGCCGUCCUUGUCGCGUCUCAUGAAGAGUGCCAUCGGAGAGAAGCUUACGCGUAAGGAUCACGGUGACGUAUCGAAUCAGCUUUAUGCUAAAUACGCCAUUGGCCGUGAUGCGGCGUCGAUGAAAGCCGUCGUCGGUGAAGAAGCACUAUCAAGCGAAGACAAACUCGCUCUUGAGUUCUUAGACAAGUUCGAGAAACAAUUCGUAGGACAAGGUGCCUACGAAUCUCGCACGAUCUUCGAGUCAUUGGACCUCGCAUGGUCAUUACUGCGUAUCUUCCCGAAGGAGCAACUCAACCGCAUUUCGCCCAAGAUUAUCGCCGAGUACUAUGCACGCAAACCGCAGAAAAAGUCAACUGGACCAACGCCGGCAUCCGUGCCGAAGGAGGGAAAGCUUGUGGAUGAUGAGUGA